AAGCAACAUCUAGUAAAGCGACAUGUCGUCUCUAGGUAAUUGGCCAAACAAAGAAAACGGCGAGUGAGUGGUCGAAAACGUCAAAUCUUUCGCAGAGUCACCCGCCGCUUCACUUCUGAUAAUACCAGGUCGGCUGUGAGCUCUCUCUUUAUCUCAACUCUCAUUGAGGAGAUGUGGUAGAAUCAAGAAUGGCAUGAACGCCUCUAAUUGUACGCUACUCCAACUGUCAUUUGUGAGCCAAGGUGAUUCCGAUUGACCAUUUGGAUAAUAUCAUCUCUAAUGGCACAAGCUGUGAGUUUGAUUCAAGCAAGCCCCUUCAAAGUGGGCUUCAUUCAUAAAAGAAGAGUUUCACAUGGGAAAUAUGAAAUCCUUGUUUCUAGAACAUCACGUAGGAUGCUCACUAUCCAAGCUGUACAGGAGAAUGGAGGGCCCCGAAGAUUAGUUGAUAUUAUCAGAAUUGUGCCUGAGAUUUCCAGGAAUUACUUUCGAAGUCCUUCAAGGAGGGCACUUUUUGGUGGAAUAUCCUUGUUAGGUGGAUUUUAUGUGGCACAAACUAUCUCUCUGUCAUUUGGAGCUUUAGGAGUAAAUGAUGUCAUUGCUGCAGUGAUCUGCGUUCUGCUGACAGAGUACGUGACAAGGUUUUAUUACAGCCGGCCAAAGGUAACAUUUCCUGUUGCCCUCCUCAACAAUUUCAAGAUGGGUUUCACUUAUGGCCUCUUCAUUGAUGCAUUCAAGCUUGCCAGUUAAUUGUUUCAUUAGAAGUUGUUUGAAUUGUGGGUAUUCCCAUAUUCUAUUAUUGAUUGGAGGUGUUCGCUUCUGUAGAGUUCUUUUGUUUCACCAUUCUGGUCUGAAAUAUAUAUUUCUCAUUCAUACUA